GUCAAAUGUACACUUACAUAUAUGAAUUAAUAUGAUUGACUGAGAACUCAUUAAAUACUGGAUUCUGAGUAGAGAUUUAGGUGGGCAUGCAUCACAUUUUCCUACAUGUAUAAGAGUUGAACUCUUCCAGGCAACCACUCCAAGCAAUCAGGAGAGCUUAGGAGGGAAGAAGAGCAGAGGAUGGCCGGUUCCAAGGGUGGCGAGGGGGAUAAAUAUCGUUCACAUAUCUAUGGGGAAGCUGAGAAGAACACAGUAUGGAGGUUUGGUGCUCCCCCUAACUAUGAUGUAGUCAACAAGCUCUUUGAAGAAGGUAGAACUAAGGAAUGGCCAUCAGGAUCACUGGAAGAGAGAGUGCAGCACAUGGUGAAGACCUGGGAGAUGGAAAUGUUCCACAAGACACGGCCUCAAGAUUUCAAAACCGUGAAUCCAGAAGUCUACACGUUCAGCCUCAACGGGAGGAAACCAAUAACACUAGAAGAAAAACGACAACUAGGAGGGGGCUACAAUUUCUUACUACAGACCUCAUUGCCAGAAGAGUUUAGGUGCUACAAUCCGGCAGAGGAGACAGCAGAAUCAUCACACGAGGCCUUCACGGCGACGUUUCCUCGUGGCUUUGCUAUGGAAAUCAUCCACGUCUACAGUGGACCCCCAACAAUAGUUUACAAGUUCAGGCACUGGGGUUUCAUGGAGGGCCCUUUUAAAGGGCAUGCCCCAACAGGGCAGAUGGUGGAAUUACUUGGGAUGGCAUUUUUUCAGGUUGAUGAGACAAUGAAAAUUGAGAAAGUCGAGUUCUUCUAUGACCGUGGUGAACUGCUAGGUGGCCUACUAAAGGGAACACAAACAGAGAAGUCAGGGACAUCUCCAUCAAGCUGCCCAUUCAUGAAGAAUACAUAGAGCAAUCUGUAUACCUAAAGGAUACAUCAGAUAUUUCUGUGACUUAAUAGUUCUAUUUUUGAAGCUUUACAUUCA